AUGACGAACUUUGAAGAGCCUCUUCAAGCGGCAUCAAGUGGAAAUUUCAGCGUCUUCCAGAAACGUCCAGAGGGUGGGCUUGUUCACUCUAUCACGGACGAGGACGAGAACACGUCAUUAUCUAUAGCGGCCAAAAACGGGCAUCAGAAAGUAGUGAAGAGACUGCUUGAAGAAGACCCCGCCGACAUCAACGCAAGAAAUACAUUUGGCGAAACAUCGCUGGCCCAAGCUGCGGACAAUGGCGACAAAGAUGUGGUCGAGGCACUACUUCAAUAUAGCGACAUUAUCGACCAUGAGUCCUAUACACGGGCAGUUUCUAGGGCCGCCAAUAUGGGUCACGAAGAUGUGGUAAAAUUGCUACUUGAAAAUGACGACAUAGACCCUAGUGGAAAGACGAAUUAUGUUUCCAAAGCAAUAGUAUCUGUUGCAGAAAACGGGCAUGAUUCCCUUUUAAUGCAGCUACUUGCAAGUUAUAAAAUUGACUUGAGGUCGACAAGGACUGAAGGUUACAUGGCCUUGAUCAAAGCUGCACAAGCUGGUCAAAACAAGGUUGUUGAACUGCUACUCAGACGCUACGAUGUCGAUAUAAAUGCAAAAGACGCGAAUGGCAACACAGCACUACAUCUAGCUGUACAAGCUGGCCAUACGAGCGUGUCGAAACUUCUGCUUGGAAGAAAUGACAUUAAUAUAAAUACAAUCAACGCCAACGGUGAUACAGCAUUGAGUUUGGCAGCACAAAUUGGCCAAAGGGAUACCAUAAAAUUGCUGCUUGCAAGUGAUGGAAUCUGCAUAAACAUUCGAGGCGCGUCCUGGCAGGUGGUGCUUGACAUAGCUAUAUGCGAGGGACACAAACAUGUGGUCGAUUUGUUGGUUGCAAGAGAUGUUUUUGACUCACUUAUGAAUGGAAAUUCAAUGGACGAGUUUCUACACCAAGCUGCAAGCAACGGGUAUCAUCACCUGGUGGCUUUCCUACUAUUUCCACUAGCCAUGGCAUGUGCUGCAUGCCCUGGUCGAACUCCACUAUCAUGGUCCGCAGAGAACAGCUAUAUAGAGGUGUUGCAGAUUCUAUUAGCAAGAGAUAGGGCGCCACCCCUACCGCCUGCAUUGUUGCUACCACUCGAAGUAUAUGUAAACUUCAGAGAUGACCAAGGUCGAACGCCGCUCUCACGGGCUGCAGAGAAAGGGCACAAGGAUGUGGUGGGACUGUUGUUGCAAUUCAAAGCAGAUAUAAACUUCAAAGAUAUGGACGGUCGAACACCACUCUCACGGGGCGCUGCGAACGGGCAUACGGAAGCGGUGCAGAUACUUCUGGAACAUAAUGCCGAUAUAUGCUUAAGGGAUGGAGAGGGCCGAACACCAUUGUCACGAGGUGCAGAAAAUGGGCAUACGGAAGCAGUAGUGAUAUUGCUGCGACAUGGUGCUGAUCCAAAUUUAAAGGACAGCGAUGGAAAAUCGCCUCUCUGGUGGGCUGCGGAAAACGGCCAUGAAGCUAUUGCGGACCUACUCGCACCCACGGACACCGAUACAUUGCUGCUAUUAACGACAGCCGGGAAACAUACUGCAAUAGAGUUGCUCUUGCGCUUUAAACCUAAAAUCGACCAAAGAAAUCAUGACGGCCGAACAGCUUUACACCUAGCGGCCCAACGAGGACAUCUGGGCAUUGCAAGAGCUCUGAUAUUACAAGGAGCAAAAAUCAACCUUAAAGACAAUUAUGGACAAAUUCCGCUUCGCCUUGCAAUUCAACACAAACAUGGUGACGUUAUCAAAGAAUUUCUCAAGUAUAAAGCAUAUACAGAGGGAAUCAUGGCCGCGGAGUGGCGUGAUGCACAUGGAAAGGAGAACAAAGAAACUAUCCUAUUGUCUAAAACACCUGACGGAGAACAAUAUCUUGAUUUCCCUCGGGUAUUGCCAAGAAACGAAGAAUUAUCGAAGAUGUUUGAUAAAUUAGGAAGUCAUCUCUAG